UGCACUUUUGAAAUUUCAAGCUGUUGUAUAGUUGAUAAAAUGAAACAAACAAAAAAAUUUCAUUCACAUAAAAAAGACAUUGUUUCUCUAAAAAUCAACAUUAUUUUAAGAUGCAGCUUUUUCCUUGGAAGGUAAAAAUAUUUUCCAACAAAAUAUAACUUACAGAAUAAUCAUAUUAAGCAUAUUUUAAUGUAAUGUUAAUUGCCACUAUUUUUCACAAUUAAAUUUUUACCAUUACUUCAUUUCUUUAUCUGGAGAGCCAAUAAAUGAUAAAUGGGAUGCCUUUUUUAUGACUCAGCAUUUUGGUUAUUUAUUAAGUUAGCUCUAAUAUUUCAGUUGCCUUUAUCAACUACCUGAAAAAACAAAUCAAUAUCUGAUAGGGCAUUGCAGCAAGGUAUAUAAGCAUGAGGUUUGUGCUGCUCAGUCUCGGUUUGUCACUUCCAGCCACCUGACUAAGAAGUGACAUUUAAAUCUUCCUCCUAUCCCUGUUAUCUGAUUUGCAGGAACACAAGACUUAAGCAACCAUGUCCAGCUCAGGCGAGGCAGAGCUCCUGCACACAUUUAAGGGGAUUCCCUUUACCACCAGGUCUUCUCCAGAGCUUUUAAAAUCCUUGGAUACUUUUGAUGCUAGAGAAGAUGAUGUCCUUUUGGUUUCCUAUCCCAAAUCUGGCACUCACUGGCUUGCAGGAGUUAUAACAAAGCUUUACGAUACUCGAGUCACAGUAACGUCUCCCAUUGAACUUGGAGACAUUUCCCGACUGGAGGAGCUGAAUAAACUCUCAUCAAAGAGAAUCAUCCCAACACACUUAGACUACAACAUGUUGCCUCCAAAUUUUAAGAAUAAGAAAUGCAAGAUGAUCUACAUCAGCAGAAAUCCAAAAGACACUGCAGUUUCCAUGUUUCAUUACUACAGAGAUAACCCAAACCUUCCCACUGUAGACAGCUGGACUGCUUUCUUUGACCUGUUCUUAAAAGGCAAUGUUGUCUGUGGAUCCUGGUUUGAUCAUUUCCUAAGCUGGGAAGAACAUGAAGAUGAGAAAAAUAUCCUCUUUUUGUUCUAUGAAGACAUGAAGAAGGAUCUCCCUAAGGUUGUAAAGGAAAUUACUCUGUUCCUGAAUUUAAAUGUCAGCGAUGAUGAUAUCCAAGACAUCUGCAAGAAGUCCUCAUUCUCAGAGAUGAAGAAUGACACAGAGAAGGAGAACAGCGACCGCAGUCACACCGUGUGUGCUCUGACAUCCAACAGGAAGCUGAUUUUCCGAAAAGGUGCUGUUGGUGAUUGGAAGAACUACUUCACUCCAAAGCAGAAUAUUAGGUUUCAGGAGAUAUUUAACGAGAAAAUGAAACUCAGCAAGAUGGCAAACAGUUUCAUCUAUGAGUACUGAUCCCUGUGAAGAACAAUAUCCAGUUAUCAACAAACAUGCACAAACCAGUUGGUGGGAAGUUCUGAAUGGGUGUUCCCAUGAGUUUAUAAUUCUUCCAGUAGGAAGGAUGGGUAAACAUGGGUUCUUGAGAACAGGAAAGUUCUGACACAGUGCCAGAGCUGAACUGAGUUCUCAGAGGGCAGGUGUACGUGGUUUCAGAGUCAGGUGUCAGACCUUGGUUUGACAACCAAAUCUACUUCAUCAUUUAUUUAUUUUCUUUGCUCCAAGGGGAUAUGAAUAGACUUCGUAAACCUAAGAAAAUAAAGAAUUUUACCCAAGAUAAUAUGAAGAGAAAAACAAGUGACAAACUUGCAAGAAACUGAAUGUAUAAGAAAUCUAAAAACACAUCAUAAGAAAAUUACCAAAAAUUUGACCCCAGACUUGCUCCUUCUGCAAUAGACCAUGAUUUGGAAGUGCCUGUCUUAUUGGACAUUGGUAUUGAUAUUUAAGUUGAAAACUACAGCAUUUGAAGAUCUGAAGUUUGUUUACAAAAGUGUUUCUUUUUUUCCUUUUCUUUUCUAACACUAUAUAGUUCUUUGAUGUAACUUAUUUCUGGAUUAGGUACCAGAGAGUCUUUGUGUUUUAAAUGCAACUGAUACAAAUCCAAAUAAAUUUCAGCACCACAUGUUGAGCAACUGUAAAUGUGUUUAUUUUCCAUUUGAUUUUCUUCCUGCAAAAUUCCUGUUUCCAGUGUUUUGAUGAGAAGUAUUUUACUUCCCACUCCUUGAGCAACAAAACCAAACCACAGGUCUGAGACAGCUUAAUCCAAACAGCACUUAUUUAUUUACUCUGCCCUGAUAAACAGAUUUUCCAAGAAUCAGCUGUCUGUGUCCACCUCUCAGGGAGUGUUCUACCAAGCCACACAGCUUCAAGACAGAACACAGUUCCUGUGUGUGAGAGAAGCUCCUCUCCUGGGUGUGUUGUUUCUGAGGUACAGAAACAACCUUGUUUCAUCAAUACUCAUCUCCCUCCAGCCACACACUUCACACUUGCCAGGCAGCCACUUCAUACCUGCUUUGUGCAAGCUGGCAUCAACACCUACUGAUUCUGCACCUGCACAAAGACACAGAAGUUAUGGUGCCGAGGAGAGCGGGAGAAAAGCCUGUGUGCAGUCCUUUGCCAUUUACCAACUCAACACAACCUGAGGGAGAUGAUGCCCUGCUCUAUACAGAUAACCAUUUGAUGUGUUACUUUACUCUUCUGACAUUAAAAUCACUCACUCUUCCCCUAGAAUGCCACUGUUGCCCUCCUUUCAGGUGUUGUUCUUCCCCUAUUAAUAAGUGGCAAGAGAUCAGCUGACGAAAAUAAUUGAACAUUUUACUUAGAGACUUAUUUUUUUCUGGCCAUUUGAGUAUGGGAAAAAAAGCCAGAGGGUCCUUGGGGAAAUGAGGUUUGCAAGUGAGUUUAGCUGCACUAAGACUGCUGUAAGCAGUGUUUGUACCACAUACUGUAUGCACACAGAAAAAGGAUUGUUUAUAUCAACAUCAUACAACGUGGAACUGUGUGUGAAGGGACAGGAUAAGGACUUGCCUUGUGGAUCAAGGUAAGCUUGCUCAACUACUUAAACCUACCCACCAGCCAGGGAGGUAACAGUGUGCUGCUCAAAGUAGAGUUAGCUCCCUAGCUGCUUUGGGGGGAUGAGGAAUGAAUCAGUUUACAGCAUGGCCUACUGGCCAAAUAAAGGAUUUACAUAGGU